AUUUCAGCCAGUUUUGUUGACAAUCUUUGUGUCGUUUGCCAAUUUUUGUGUUUUCCCCAAUUUACGCGACAAGCAAUAGCUUUCGGGACUCUAAUAGCAUGUAAUUGUUGUUGUUCAUGGCUAACCGCGAUGUAUUCUCCAAGAUCCUGCCAAAUGUUAAAUUGGGCACCCGCUACGAUGAAGAUGGGCGUGAAGUUCAGGUUGAACGUCGCGAGGACUCGGAUGCCACUGCCAAGGAGCAGGACACCUUCGACAUCUUGGUGGCGGCGGGAUAUUACCGGGCUCGCAUUAAAGGCUUAUCCGCUUUCGAUAAAGUUGUGGGAGGAAUGACCUGGUGCAUCGAAUGCUGCGACUACGAUGUAGAUGUGGAUCUACUCUUCCACGAGAGCCUCUCUAUAGGACAGAAGAUAGCUCUGGUGGAAAAAAUAGUUUCAGUUUUGAUCGACAUGAAGUGUCCACACAGCCUAGAACCUCAUCAAGUACAAGGUUUGGAGUUCCUGGCCAUACAUCCUGUCAUUCAAUGGCUGGUUAAGACUUCUGUCGAAAAUCGAGCAGAGCGCGGCCAGCGCUUGAAAAGAUUUGCCAUUGGCCAGUUUCACAAUCACUACCAGUACAAAAGCGACAAGGACAAUCUCACUAAAAUCCGCCUGGCCUCAACACACAUCAAGGCCAUUCAGGAGCUGUACAGUCCCAAGAGGCUGUACGAACGUCAAGAAGCUCCUGGUGACGAUGAUCUUUCCCGAGUGCGGCUUACACUUUUAGAGUACGGAGAUCCCGGACCAACGUUCAAGAGCAGCGCAGAGAGGAAAGCUGAAAAGGGUCUUGGAGAAACAGCGGAGCUCGAUUUGGAGGAGUAUCUCCGAAGUUUAUCCCUCGCAAAAGAUGACCUUGCGGGCACUCAGAAACGCAUAGAUCUCGAUCCCACAGCGCGGCAAGAGCUGCAGCAGCACUAUGCUGAAUUCAAGUUGGAAAUGGAAACAGAUACCCAGGACCUCAAAGCACAAAAUCAGCAGAAACGUCUCGAAGCGGCAAAAAUUGCCAUGGAACACAAGAUAAGGCGCUAUUGCAAGGAUAACGAAACGCUGAAGGAAGCUGAAAAAGAGCAAAGCCAGAAGACAAAAGACGUGGAGGAGCAGUUGGGUAGCCUAAAUGAUGAGCUGAAAGCACACAAGGAAACACAAAAUAAUGCAGAUCCUAAACUCCUCGAAAAGGUUCAGAGCUUGCUGCAGCAACAUGAAGAACUGAAGAAAAGCGAGGCGGAAUUUAAGGAAUCUUGUCGCACCGAUUUGGCCAACCUACAACAGCAAAUCGAUGACCUGGAAGCAUUUAGUGCCCAAGACGCAGAGACCCAAGCUGCAGCCUUGGCUGGCGAGGAGCAACGUCUGAAGGAGCUGCGUCUGCAGCUGGCCAAACGGAACCGCGGAAUCGUGGCCAUCGAACGGAAGCUGGACGCCAUACCCGAUCGCACAGAGCUGGCCCAAUAUCAGCGACGAUUCCACGAACUGCACAACGAAAUGAGUAGCAAGCACCUGGAAACCAAGCAAUAUUACACCCUGUACAACACUCUCAACGACAAAAAGCGCUACCUGGAGAAGGAGCUGGCCCUCCUCAACUCCAUCUGCGAGGCCUACAACGAGGGCAUGAUGAGUCCGCACGGCCGCGAGGACUUUAUCCGCCAGUUCGAGUCCAUUGUGGAUGGGGUGAAGAGCGCCCAGGAUAAGGUGCGUCACAAGUACAACGAGGAGCGAAUGCGGCGCGACGAGCUGAACGAGGAGCUGCAAUCGCUGCUGGAACUGCAGCGACAGUACGCUCUGACUGUCAAGCAGCUCACCCGCGAAUGCCAGCGGUGCGAGCAGCUGCAGCAGCAGCUCAGGUCAAUUAGGAGCAGGACCCAGUCCUAGCCUGUUUUAACUAUUGAUUAAAUAACACGAAACACUCUUAGCGAAAUCGUUCAAUAAAUUAUAUCGCCCCAACUGUAGAGCAAUUAUCCAGGAACCCAA